AUGCGGGAACUUCUGCCGGAAUUACCAACUCAGCCUGGUCCUGCGCUCGAGUCCGAAACAAUAGUCAACUCUCAACCUACCGAGGAACCUGCGUCAAUUUCACGAAAGGCCUCGAAAAAAGCUGCAAAGAAGGCAAAGAGGGCCAGUCAAGCCGUCUCAGUUUCUCAAGAAGGCAACACGAUCUCACUUGACAAAGAAACCCACGCUGAUGCUGAUAUCUCGCUCCCGCUCUCGACUCAACGUGAGAUAAAUCAGGAUGACGAAGAGUGGCCUACUAUUGAGUGGGAACAAAGCAAAUCAGAACAGCCUGAGCCGGUGCAAGAUCACGUCACUGAGACUGAUCCUGUUCUCCCCAUCCCCGUUUCAGACACUAUUGAAGAAUAUGAUGAAGCGGCUAUCCCGGAGGCAUUGAGAGAAGCAAGACAAGAAAACAAUAAGCCAAUUGAAGAUGAACCUUGGAGUGAGCUACCAGCUGAAACGUCUAAGGACGAGAAGAAAUCGGGAAUGGAUGAGCCAGCUCCGGCUACAGAGAGUUCCCCCAAGAACUUCGAUCUCCAGCCGGAGCCGCCAGUGGAAGCUCCUGCUCCCCAACAGGUUGAGACUGAGCCUCCUGCAAGAACUACAACCCCUGGAGGCUCCAAGCUUGCAAGCCUGUUCCCUGAUUUGCCCCGUGGAGGGUUUAAACGAUCUGCCGUGAAGCAGCCAUCACCGUCGCCAAAAGAUAGUGCUGAGGAAGAGAAUGCAGUGGACUUGGAAGCUAAUCGCGAUAUUGCGAUCCCCGUCUCGGAAGCACCCCUCGAAGCGACCAGUGAUAUCAAAGAAAUCGUUGACACCACCUAUGAGCAACCAGCUGAGGCCACAAGGGGCAUCAGUCCUUCACUUACGAUACGUGAUGCUUCAAUGGGCGAUAUCUUUGCAGCGACGGAGGAAUUUCCCCAUGAGCCAGAGCUCCUGGUACAGAGCGAGAAGCUCUCGCGAGAUUUAUCGUCACUGCCAAUGCAACCUGCAUCAAAGGAACGAUCUUCAGUGCUCUUUAGCUCAUCCCCGUCUACUCGGACUGAAGACCCGUCCUCGCCACGGCACCCCCUGCCAUCGCAAUUCCAUGCCGACACCGAACAGUUGAGUGGAUUACGCCGAUCAUCAUCUAUCAUCCAUGGGCGACACCAACAUACCCCCCGUACGUGGAGUCUAGAUGAGUCUCCUAUUCCUGCUACGCAAAUCCCUUCGCCACCUCGGUCACUCUUUGGAGGUCCUGUUGCGGAACAUGAAUCCCUCUCCAGACCUCGAACUCCACUGGGAACAAUCGCGGAGCAAGAGCCAGGGGAGGUGGAGAAAUCGACCAAGCACAACAAAACUCCUCACUUGGAGAUCAAACCUGAACAUGUCUUACCUCGACCAAUUACUCCCGUGCGAAAAUUCACCGACAAUGCCUUAGCUCGAGAGACUUGGCCAACGCCGGGAAAUGAGCAGACUCGGCGAAGUCAAGAAAGCAUGAGAGGCAACGAGUCACCAAUUCUCAAAACUCCGGAUCAUGGGAUGCCUGUGCUGAAGCCCACCAGUAGCAAGGGCAAGCUGCGUCGCACGAAUCGGAGCACCAGUAGUGAUCUGCGGGGGGCUAGUCGUGCGCUAGACUCCCAGCCUCCUAGUUCCGAUCUCGAUCAGCUCCCCUCUUCUUCCUCUUACGACCCUGUCACUGACAAGGGCAAAGGCCCGCUGCAAAACAUGUCAGAUGUCUAUGUAAGUUAA